AUGUACUUGGGAGCACCAAAACGAAAAAAAUGCAAUGGACAGGUCAUAUAUGUUGGAGACAGGACCACAGAUGCACAAAAAACCACCACAACUACCACACCACAAGCCACCACAACUACUACACCACUAGCCACCACAACUACCGCACCACCAGCCACCACAACAACUACACCAGCCACGACAGCAGCACCGACAGUCACUACAACCACUGCUCUGCCAGACACCACAACUACUGCACAACCAGGCACUACAAUAACCGCACAACCAGCUACCACAACCACUUCUAGACCAGCAACAACAACUACUGCACAACCAGUCACCACAACUACCGCACAACCAGCCACUACAAUUACCAUAACUUACACUGACCCCCCACUGUUGGACAUGUGUUUCAGUGCCAGCAAUCCAGCAGAAAAUGAAGUGUGGUUAACCACAGGAGGAAUUGACAGUUUCACUUCUUCAAAUUAUCCAUCGAAUUAUGGUAGUGCAGACGAUAAGGAAUGGAUCUUUUGUGCCGUUAAUUCAGCAGACAGGAUAAUGAUCACCUGCAGCGACUUCCAGGUCGGAGGCUUCUUUUUUGGCUGCACGGAUGACAAGUUACUCAUCACCAACACCGAGACAUCAAUUAGCGAAUUUUGCUCAACGAAUGGACCGCAACUUGUGAAGACGACUUCACGAGGAACCAAAGUCACCUUUACGACCUCGACGUCAAACAUUUACAAGGGUUUCACCUGCACUGCCCAAGCUGUGAGGAAAACCGACUGCAAUAGCGCCACCGACCGAGCAAGUUAUGAGGUUUGGUUAGCGAAUGGAAUUAGUGAGACUUUCACAUCUCCGAACCAUCCAUCCAAUUAUGGCAGCGGAGACAGCAAGAGAUGGGUUUUCUGUGCCGUUGACUCAAACGACCACAUCCAGAUAUCGUGUAGCGACUUUAAUGUUGGUGGCUUCUUCUUUGACUGCACGGACGACACAUUCACCAUUUCCAACAUUGACUCCAAUAGUAACAGCAGAUUUUGUUCAACAAAUGCACCAAAAUUCGUGGAUUCUACUGAACGCGACACCGUGGUUACUCUGUCCACCGGAUCAGCAUUUGGUUCUCCAGGUUUCAGUUGCACAGCCACGGCGCUGAAAACCCUGUGUCAGGACCCUAUUAACAGAGAUCCAAAUGAGAUAUGGUUGAUAAACGGGCAAGUGGAGUCGUUCUCUUCCCCGGGUUACCCCUCAUCGAACUAUGGAAGUGGAGAUAGCAAGGAAUGGAGGUUCUGCGCGGUCGACAGCAUUGAUAGGAUAGAGGUGUCCUGUGAUUCCUUCCAAGUUGGAGCGUCUUUUUUCGGCUGUUUGGACGAUAUCCUCACCAUCUCCAACGUCGAUUCGGAAAGCGAAUUCUGCGGGAUCGCUGGACCACAGGCCGUGAAGACAAGUGAGAGAGGAACCAGCAUCAAGUUAGACGUUUCAACUGGCAGUAUCUACGACGGAUUUAGCUGCACCACUAAAGCCGUAAGAGAUGUGAUAUGCAUGGACCCUCUCAAACCAGCUGCAAACGAAGUAUGGCUAGCGAGUGGAAGUAGCAGCAUCUUCACUUCUCCAAAUUAUCCGUCAAAUUACGGCAGCGGAGAUAGCACAAAUUGGAUAUUCUGCGCCAUUCAGGAUUCUGAGAAGAUAUCAAUAAGCUGUAGCGACUUCACUGUCGGAGGAAAGUUCAUUUUUUGCCUGGACGACAUGGUGACCAUCUCCAACACCGAUUCAGGAGUGGGUCCAUUCUGUGGGACAGACGGACCUAAUUCUGUGGUGACAACUCAGCGAGGAACGACUGUCAGCUUGUCCGUCUCACCUGCAUUCCACUACAAAGGAUUCAGCUGCACCGCGACGGCUGUCAAUCAGUAGUUAACAUGUAUGGUUAACACACAGUCAGCUUCAGCAGGAACAAUGUCUCCGUCAUAUUAGUUCUUCAGAUUAUAUUUUGUUAGUAUUCAGUCAUUUCAUUAACAAAUCUGUCAAAGAUCCUACCAGGUAAUAAACCCCAAUUUGGAAAGAAACUGCAGGAAAUUAGUAAAGUACCUCAUAAAUACUUUGAAUAAAAUAAAGAGAUUAACAACAAAUCUUACAAAAUGUCUAUAUAUAUAUAUAUAUAUAAAACCAUCAAAAUCAAUCUGAACUGUAA